UUUUCAGUUGUGCUCUUUGGGACCUGCCCACUUUCAAUACCCAUGAUUUCAACAUGGCCAAGAUUUGGAUCAUCUAUUAUGCAUCCUUUGAUCAGACGAUUCUCUUCAACUGUAGACCCCACACUAUCAAUUCCAGCCAUUCACUGUAAAAUUAGAGACUACGUUUCCGAAGGACUUUAUAACGAAACACUUGAACUUUACAAAGAAGUGCUCCAUCCAUUGGGUCUCCAUGCAACCACCUCCAUUUUUAUUCCUUCAAUCAUCAAGGCAUGCUCUCAUGCUCAGUCCUACCAUUUUGGACUCCAGCUUCACUGCAUGGCCCUCAAGGCAGGCUCUGAUUCAGAGGCAAUUAUAUCCAAUUCUCUUGUUUCUAUGUAUGCUAAAUUUUCCAUUGCUGAAGCUGCACGUCAAGUGUUUGAUACAAUGCCUCAUAGAGACACCAUCUCAUGGAAUUCCAUUAUAAAUUGCUAUUUACAAAAUGGGUAUUGCGUAAACGCUUUAGAAAUGUUUAAGGAGAUGUAUUUGUGUGGUAUUGCACCAAAGCCCGAGUUAAUUGCCGCCAUAGUGUCAGCUUGUGCAAGGAAAGGAGAGUUUAGACUAGGGAGACAGAUCCAUGGGCUUGUUAUUGUUGAUGGAAUCAAGGAGUCGGUGUUUUUGUUAACAGCUUUGGUUGAUUUGUACUUGAGAUGUCAUGACUCAUUGGUAGCGUUACGUGUCUUUGAAGGAAUGGAAAAUAAAAAUGAAGUUUCAUGGACUGCUAUGAUUUCUGGCUGCACGGCUAAUCAAAAUUAUGAUAUGGCAAUCAAUUGCUUUCAAGCAAUGCAGGUUUCCGGGGUUAAACCCAAUCGAGUAACGUUACUUACAGUGUUACCAGCUUUUGCAGAAUUGGGCUAUAUUGAGCAUGGCAAAGAGAUUCAUGGCUAUGCUUUUCGUCAUGGAUUUGAUGCAGAUCAUCAUUUUUCAGCAGCUCUCAUACAUAUGUAUUGCAAAUGCCAGGAAACUUUGCAUUCUGCUGAGACCAUUUUUGAGAAGUCAAUUAUUAAAGAUGUUGUGAUGUGGAGUUUGAUUAUUGGGAGCUAUGCUCAAAGUAGGAAUAGCGGCAAAGCAAUGAAUCUUUUUAGCCAAAUGCAGAUGCAGGGAAUUGAGCCUAACUCUGUAACUCUAUUGGCCAUACUUUCUGUCUGCACCAGUUUAUCUUCACUAAAGCUUGGAUGUGGAGUCCAUGGCUAUAUCCUGAAAUCUGGCUUGAACUUUGACAUUUUCAUUGGGAAUGCACUUAUAAAUAUGUAUGCAAAGUGUGGCUGUCUCAUGGCUUCCCAUCAAAUUUUUAAAGAAAUGCCAACCAGAGAUUGCACUUCAUGGAGCACAUUAAUCAGUGGUUAUGGUCUUCAUGGUUGUGGUGAAGAAGCUUUGCAACUCUUCCAUGAGAUGCAAGACAAAGGGAUGAUGCCAGAUUCAAUGACUUUCCUCGCUCUAUUAUCCACUUGCAACCAUACUGGCCUUGUCGAAGAGGGACGAAAGAUCUUUGAUUGUGUAAUGAAAGAUGAUAAAAUUCCCUUAACUGUAGAACAUUAUGCAUGCUUUAUCGACCUCCUUGGAAGGUCAGGGAAGCUUGACGAUGCUUGUGAGGUUGUAAGAGCAAUGCCCAUGAAACCUAGUACAAAAAUUUGGAGCUCCUUGGUAUCUGCUUGUAAGGUUCAUGGAAGAUUGGAAAUUGCUGAAAAGUUAGCACUUUGGCUUAUCGAAUCAGAACCUGGUAACGCUGCCAAUUAUACCAUGUUGAGUAUGGUUUAUGCUGAAGCUGGUAAUUGGCCUGGGGUGGAAGAGGUGAGGAGACUCACAAGGGUACAAGGCUUGAAGAAAUGUUAUGCAUUCAGCCGAAUUGAGCUGGAGUAUAAGUGCUUCUCAAGUAGUAGAAACAAUCAGCAACUGUAAUUUAUCAAGCAUUUGGGUUGAAGAAUGAAGGCCAAGCAUGUCCACCCACAAUCAAAUUUUUACAUUGAAAUUUGUGUAAAAUACAAUUUUGGUUUCACCAAAUUUUGCACUGAGGUGCAAUACAGUUUUGUUAAGGCAGAAAAAGAUUAUAUAAUGUCCCCAGAAAAAGAAAUGGAUGAAGUACUUGUUCCGUGAUACCAGCCAUGGCCUCAAUGACAAGAGCAACAACAUUAGAAAGAUAUAUGGCUCAAAAUGCUCGAUUCACUGAUAAAGCUUCCACCGUACUACUUGUUUAACCUAUAGCUGCCCUUCUUCUAAUUCUAGCAGUGUCAAUAAGCCAGAACUUCUGCAAACAAGUAAUGGUUGUCUAAAUUAUUUGAGAAAAUUUGUAAGUGUAACAAAUGCAUUUUUUAUUCAUUUACAAUAGCAUAGUAGUAAAAAUUGACAUGUCAAUUAAAGAGGUGAAGAUGGAGUGACUUUGGAUAGGAUAGAAUGAUGAAAAGAAUAGAUUUGUCGACCCAAAUGUUUUGGGACUAAGCCUUGGUUUGUUGUUGUAACGAUUUCAGACUACUGAUGGCAAUGCAUGAUAUUCUGUACAUAUUAUGAAUUUUAUAUGGAUUA